CGCCCGCCCAAUCCAACCAGCACGCCCAGCUCAGCCAGUUCACCCUCCAUCCCAUUGCCUCUGCUUGGCCCAACUCGACCUAGCUGCCGCCUGCCCGCACCCCUUUCCUGCGCGCGCGCGAGCUUGUCUGGCCAGCGACUGACCAACCUCCAUGCGUCUCUUUCGCGAGCGCGGACUUGUUCUUGUCCACCACGCCACGCCGCCGCCGCCGCCCACGAGAACACCAUGGCGAAUCUGAGCGGAGACCUCCAGCAGAAGCUCGACGAGCUCGAGAGAGAGCUCGAGGAAGGUGAUAUCACCGAGAAGGGGUACCAGAAGCGCAGAACCCAGCUGAUCUCACAAUAUGGCGCUCCUCUCGAUGCCACCGGCGGGCUGAGGAGUUUCGCUGCCCAAUCUCCAGAUUUGGGAGAGCCCAGUCGUGGUCUCACGACCACCAACCCUGACCUGAGCGACUCGCCAUACGGCGACUGGCGGCCACAAUCCCCCUCAAGGGCGUCCCCGCCACCGAAUCACGACCACCCGGCAGGACUUUUGCGACCUGGCGGCCCGCUUGCUGAGCAGAGACCUGCGAACAUCCACCGCGACUCUCUGUUUCUCACCCCAGGUUCAAAUUUCGGCGAAUCCCUCGAUCCACCCACGAGAUCAGGCACUAUGGUAUCUGGCGACUAUGCUUUCAAACCAGAUUACCACGGCGGCUAUGGGCAACAACCCCAAGGGGGCUACGACGGGCGAACCGAUACCAUGAUGGACAGGACGGGGACCAUGAUGGAUUCUCAAGGAUACUUCUCCGAUUUUGCUGGCCAGCAAUCAUAUGAUACCCCCCAGCCACAAUUCGAUAUGCCUCCAUCGGCAUACAACAUGAACCAAACAGGAGAGGAUUACGGGGCCCGCGGGCACAGAUACUCGUCUAGCGAUGCCUUCUCGCCAACAGUUGCUAUGGCCCCGCCAAUGCUUACAGCCAGCGACUUGCCUUCGUCCGAAGCCCUCGAAUACCUCAUGCCUCUCGAGCCGCGGGAGGUUCCCUUCGCGAUCCACGACCCCCAUGACGAAAACACAGCAAUGUCGAGCUUUGACAACAUUGCCGCUGUACUGCGACACCGCGGCCGUAUGACAGCCAAGCUCCCCGCAUACUGGGUACUCGACAGUCGAGGCAAGGAAAUUGCUUCAAUCACCUGGGAUAAGCUCGCAUCCAGGGCGGAAAAAGUGGCGCAAGUCAUACGAGACAAGAGCUCUCUCUAUCGUGGCGAUAGAGUGGCAUUGAUAUAUCGAGAUACCGAGGUGAUCGACUUCGCAAUCGCUUUGCUCGGCUGUUUCAUUGCCGGAGUGGUCGCCGUCCCGAUUAACGACCUCCAAGACUACCACCGACUGAAUCUGAUUCUGACGUCGACACAAGCGCACUUGGCACUCACUACCGACAACAACUUGAAAGCAUUUCAGCGAGAUAUUACUAAUCAGAAGUUGAACUGGCCUAAAGGCGUCGAGUGGUGGAAGACAAAUGAGUUCGGCAGCUUCCAUCCGAAGAGGAAGGAGGACACGCCACCUCUCGCGGUUCCAGACCUCGCCUACAUUGAGUUUUCCAGAGCCCCGACUGGCGAUCUUCGCGGCGUCGUGCUCAGCCAUCGGACAAUUAUGCACCAGAUGGCCUGCCUUAGCGCUAUCGUUCAGGCUGUUCCUAGGCAUGGUCCCGGAGAUACCUUCAACAAAGCACUUCGCGACAAGAACGGGCGGUUGAUCGGUGGUGGUGCGAGCAGCGAGAUCCUGCUGUCCUACCUCGACCCACGGCAAGGUAUUGGCAUGAUUCUCGGCGUCCUGUUGAACGUGUACAGCGGCCAUACUACAGUCUGGGUCGAAAACAACGCGAUCAGCACGCCUGGUCUGUACGCACACCUGAUUACAAAGUACAAAGCUACCCUGAUGGUCGCGGACUAUCCCGGGCUCCGAACAGCAGCAUUCAACUACCAGCAAGACCCAAUGACCACACGAAACUUCAAAAAGGGCAUGGAGCCGAACUUCCAGACCGUCAAGCUGUGUCUUAUAGACACACUGAUUGUGGACAGCGAGUUCCACGAGGUCUUGGCUGACCGUUGGCUAAGACCACUGCGCAACCCCAGAGCACGGGAAGUUGUUGCGCCCAUGCUCUGUCUACCCGAGCACGGAGGCAUGGUCAUCAGCGUGCGUGAUUGGCUUGGCGGGGAGGAAAGAAUGGGUUGUCCUUUAACCCUGGAGGUCGAGGAAGACGAUGCCGAGGAGGAUGAGACAGAGGAGAAAGCAGCCACGUCGGCAUCAAACGGCUUCGGCAGUCUGCUUGGCGGCGGAACAACAGCCACCAAACAAAAGGACGUCAAGAAUGACAUUCUCGAAGUCCUUCUCGAUCGCGAAGCGCUCAAGACCAACGAGGUCUUAGUGGUUGCUGUGGGCGAUGAGGUCGGCAAAAAGGCCAGCUUGGAAUCCGGCACUGUCCGAGUGGGCGCUUUCGGCUAUCCCAUCCCUGAUGCCACCCUCACCGUCGUAGAUCCCGAGACUGGCCUUCUCGCAUCGCCCCAUACUAUUGGAGAGAUCUGGGUAGACUCGCCUUCCCUGUCGGGCGGGUUUUGGGCGCUGCGGAAACACACUGAGCAGAUUUUCCACGCCAGGCCCUACAAAUUCGAGCCCGGAAAUCCUACCCCUAUGCCGAUCGAGCCAGAGUUCCUGCGCACAGGUCUUCUGGGCACGGUCAUUGAGGGCAAAGUAUUCGUUCUUGGUCUGUACGAGGACCGUAUAAGACAAAAGGUCGAAUGGGUUGAGCACGGCCACGAGAUUGCCGAACAUCGAUACUUCUUCGUCCAGCACAUUGUGGUCAGCAUUCUCAAGAACCUGAGCAAGCAAGUUUACGACUGUUCGGCAUUUGAUGUCUUUGUAAACGAUGAACAUCUGCCCGUCGUUGUGCUUGAGUCAACAGCUGCAUCGACAGCCCCCGCAACAAACGGAGGCCCGCCUCGGCAACUUGAUACCGCUCUUCUCGACUCCAUUUCUGACAAGGUCAUGGAGGUGCUGAUUCAAGAGCACCACCUGCGCGUGUACUGUGUCAUGAUCACCGCACCAGGGACCUUGCCGCGUGUGAACAAGAAUGGCAGAAAAGACAUUGGCAACAUGAUAUGCCGGAGGGAGUAUGACGCGGGCAAUCUGCCUUGCGUGCAUGUCAAGUUUGGGGUCGAGCACGCUGUGCUCAACUUGCCUAUUGGUAUUGACCCAAUGGGUGGCAUCUGGUCACACAUCGCCUCGCACUCCAGAGUAGACAUUCUGGGGCCUACUGACAAGCAAUAUUCGGGCAUUGAUCGUCGCGAGGUCGUUAUUGAUGAUCGCACGUCUACACCGCUGAACAACUUCUCAAGCAUCACCGACCUUAUCCAGUGGCGAGUUGCGCGGCAGCCCGACGAGCUGGCAUACUGCACGAUCGAUGGCCGUGGCAAAGAAGGCAAGGGCAUCACAUGGAAGAAGUUCGACACCAAGGUUGCUGCGGUAGCACUGUAUCUCCGUAACAAGGUCAAGAUACGGCCCCGCGACCAUGUCCUUCUCAUGUAUACGCAUUCUGAAGAUUUCGUAUAUGCGGUACAUGCCUGCAUCAACCUCGGGGCGAUUGUCAUUCCGAUUGCACCCAUGGACGAGCGACGUCUGAGUGAAGACACUCCGGCAUUCCUACAUCUCGUUGCUGACUAUGGCGUCAAGGCCGUUUUGGUCAAUCACGAAGUUGAUCAUCUGCUCAAGGUGAAGACUGUGCAGCAACACAUCAAGCAGUCAGCCGCUGUCCUCAAGAUCAAUGUGCCAAACGUGUACAAUACGUCCAAGCCGCCAAAGCAGAACAACGGCUUGAGAGACCUAGGCAUCACAGUUGAUCCCGCGUGGGUGCAGAAAGGCUACCCAGUCAUCAUCUGGGCAUACUGGACGCCAGACCAGCGCAGGAUAUCGGUCCAGCUGGGCCACGACACGAUCCUCGGCAUGUGCAAAGUGCAGAAGGAGACCUGCCAGAUGACGAGUUCACGGCCUGUUCUCGGCUGCGUGCGGAGCACGACAGGCCUGGGAUUCAUCCAUUCCUGUCUGAUGGGCAUCUACAUUGGCACACCGACUUACUUGUUGUCUCCCGUGGAAUUUGCUCAGACGCCAAUGUCUCUGUUCCUAACCCUCAGCCGCUACAAGGUCAAGGAUACGUAUGCCACGUCUCAGAUGCUGGACCAUGCUAUGAAUACUAUGCCGGGCAAGGGCUUCAACUUGCACGAGCUGAAGAAUCUGAUGAUCUCGUCUGAAGCACGGCCGCGCGUGGACGUCUUCCAAAAGGUGCGCUUGCACUUCGCCGCGACAGGCUUGGACCGUACAGCCAUCAACACGGUCUACUCGCAUGUCCUGAACCCAAUGAUUGCGUCCCGGUCAUACAUGUGUAUCGAGCCGAUAGAACUGUGGCUGGAUCAAAGGGCUUUGCGCCGUGGCUUGAUCAUCCCGGUUGACGCCGAAUCGGACCCGAGGGCUCUGCUUGUCCAGGACUCCGGCAUGGUGCCUGUCUCGACACAGAUUGCAAUUGUCAACCCGGAGAGCCGCCUCUUGUGCCACGACGGGGAGUACGGAGAGAUUUGGGUCGACUCAGAAGCUUGUGCAAAGGCGUUUUACGGCUCUCGAGACCCCUUUGAUGCGGAACGCUUCGAUGGGCACACCAUUGACGGAGAUCCGAAUAUCAGCUACGUCCGCACCGGCGACCUCGGCUUUUUGCAUAACGUGAGUCGGCCGAUCGGCCCGGGAGGCACGCAGGUUGAUAUGCAGGUCCUCUUCGUGCUUGGUAGCAUCGGCGAGACAUUCGAGAUCAACGGACUUAGCCACUUCCCCAUGGAUAUCGAGGCAUCCGUGGAACGGUGCCACCGUAAUAUCGUUCCUAACGGCUGCGCCGUCUUCCAAGCUGGCGGGCUUGUGGUCGUCCUCGUCGAAGUCUCUCGCAAAUCUUAUCUAGCAUCAUUGGUACCCGUCAUUGUCAACGCCAUCCUCAACGAGCACCAGAUUGUCGUCGACAUUGUUGCCUUUGUAAGCAAGGGCGACUUCCCCCGCAGUCGGCUCGGAGAGAAGCAACGCGGACGUGUACUAGCUGGGUGGGUAUCGCGAAAGAUGCGCACCCUGGCGCAGUUUGCUAUCCGCGACAUGGACCAGGACUCGCGGUAUGCCGCUCUCGAGGCUCACCGGGCUAGUGUCGGCAGCAUCCGCAGCAGCAUCCCCGGCGCAAGCUCCCUGCGCAACAUGGAGCACGCGCCGCAGAUCUUGGAGCAUGAGGAAAUGGCGCACCGUAUGGACAGGAUGUCCAUGCUCCCGCCACCCGGCGAGCCCAUCGAGAUGCCCGCCGACUCGUCGCACCGGUCCUCGCCGUCAGGGGGAGGAGGUCCGCCUCCCGCUUUGGGCAUCGAUACUUCCAUCGGCGGUCCGUCUAGCGGUACGCUGACCAACCAGGGAGACCAAUCUGCCACGGCCGGACACGGUUAUGAGCUGCCCAGCUUCAGCGAGUUUGGCGACACGCCGCUCACCGCGACCCAGGGGACUCCGCAGAUCCGCCUGCCAGGCGUCGACGGGCGCGAGUCGCUCGACGAGGAUGCAAUGUGGGGCACCAGCCAUAACCAGCAUCAGUAUGGUGAUGAUGGGGCUGGUGGCUAUGGCCGUACACUCGGGGUUGUCAAUGCAAGCGACAAUGGUCUUCCAGGUGGACAAGAUGACGAGGAAGAUUGGACGAGAGACGCGAUUAUGCACAUGAACCUGGCCUCUGGCGGUGGCGGUGGUGUUGCGAGAUAGUCUUGGAGUCGAAGUUUAGGGUUGGAGAAAUCAAACUAGGCGGCAAGGGGGUGAGUGACGGGGAGAAGCAAAGAGACCGACAAGCCAAGCUUUAGUAACAUAUGGGUACAUAUAUAUAUAUAUAUACCAAAGAGUCACGAUUUGAAUUUUUAGAGAAGCUUUGAUAUUUUCUUUCA